AUGACUUCUGUGCCGCCUCCCAUGACUGAUACUACGGCAUGGCCAAGAGAAAAGAAUGUACUUGCCGCCGGUUAUCCACAGGUUGCACCGCCGGCACACCUAAAAGUAGCAGGUGAUGCCACAGUUGACUCUGCAGACAUGAGCACUCCUCCUUGGGAUGGCAAUUAUGUCACGCAUCCAGCGAUGGCCAAUCCGCCUGUUCAUUACGCCGGGAAGUUGGUGACACCCGCAGGCUAUCACCUCGGGCCCCACGGUGAAGGCUGGAAUUCUCCUCGUUCGUCUUUGUCAAGGUAUCGGCACGAGUACUCGACGCUCUCUCCGGCUAGGCGCGAGAACCCAAAGAUGAUGGGAUUUGUGACGAGUCUUGCUGUGCCGGCUCCAAAGACGAGGCCGGAUUACGAUGUUGUGGCUGAGUAUCAAGGACUCAAGCUGGGUCGUAUUAGUGACGCCGUUCCUUACUUACUCGGGCCUCGCAGCAUAAUGGACAGAAUUCAAGUCGUACUCGAGCACUCGCAGGAACACCCGCAGGAGCACCGAAAGCCAUCUUCCUCCCACUACACAACCUCAUCCCAAGACACUCCGCAGCCAGUCUACACUCCACGAGACAAAGCACUCAUGGCAAUCCUAACCUCGCUCAACACUUCCGAAAGCCUACGUCUGGAAAAAGGAGACUGGUACCCUCAAGGCCUCGCCGCCCGCCACGACGCCCUCGUCCUAUACGAAAACACCAGCAGCAACGGCAUCCGCCUCGCAUACGUCUCGCUCACCGACUUCAUUCAACAAGCGCAAACAUGGCUCCUCGCCCCCAACCCCACCAACAAAUCCGGUGACGCACCCCACGCCAAAAACCCCUGGGCCCCCAUCGCCGCCCAGCUCCGCUCCAAAGGCGUCGACGUCUCCAAAUUAGACCUACAAACCUACCUCGACCUCACCCAGCACUUCUCCGCCUCGGAUCUCCCCGCUAAACUCGACGAGAUAGCCCAAUGGGCCCACGACGGCACUCUCGAAGCGCGCUACGAGAAAUUCAUCACGGAAAAAGAAGCUACUGCCGCCGCUCAAGCUAGAAACAGGGGCUUUCGACCUCUGCUACGGACUUCUGGUGCCAACGAUGCCACGAACAAGGUCUUUGGUGGCCACGAAGCUCUAUACUCCAAGCGCUUCACGCACGAGCAUCCCAUGGGUAAAGCGGCGUCAGUCAAGGCGAAGCGGCAGCGGCGCAGUGGGCGGUCGAGGGAGGAGGUAGAGAAGACUGUUUUGGCUAAUGCGGAGCGGAUUCGGAAGAUGGAGAAGGGCAAGGUGAGUGCGGGUGAUGCGGGGGUGUUGGCUGUGGAUGAGACGGAGAAGAAGAGGAGAAGGAAGAGGCAUCGGGCGUUUUUUGUGACGUUUAUGGUUAUGGUGUUUGGAGGGGCGGUCGGGGCGAUGUUGUGGGCUAUGGGGACUAGACGGUGGGAUUUUACGGCUGGGGGGCAGACGCAGUGA